AUUCUGGAUUCUGGAUUUUGGCAUCCAUUGCUGUGACCUAUUAUGUUGAUUUCUUUCAAGCCGUUAAAGAAAACUUUCACACCAAUAGGUAGUAUCACAUUGUUUGCAGUCAUUACCAUCAUCCUGGGAUGCCUUAAAAUUGGGUACUUCGUUGGAUUUUCUGAAUGUUUAUCAGCCACAGAAGGAGUUUUCCCUGUUACCCACGCGGUACAUACUCUGUUGCAGGUGUACUUUCUUUGGGGACACGCAAAGGAUAUCAUCCAAUCUUUCAAAACACUGGAAAGGUUUGGGGUGAUCCACUCAGUGUUCACCAACCUGCUUCUUUGGACGAACAGCGUCCUGAAUGAAUCAAAGCACCAGCUUAACGAGCACAAGGAGCGGCUCAUCACCCUGGGCUUCGGGAACAUAACAAUAGUUUUAGAUGACCACACGCCUCCGUGUAACUGCACACCCCCGACCCUCUGCUCUGCCAUCUCCCACGGGAUCUACUACCUCUACCCUUUCAACAUAGAGUAUCAGAUACUGGCCUCCACGAUGCUCUACGUCCUGUGGAAAAACAUCGGGCGCAAAGUUGACAGUCAUCAGCAUCAGAAGAUGCAGUUCAGGUCUCAUGGGGUCAUGCUGGGCUCGGUACUGGGCCUGACCGCACUGGCUGCCACCAUUGGGGUCGUGGUGGUGUAUCUGAUUUGGAUCGGGCGUUCCAAAACCAGGAGCGAGUCAGCACUCAUCAUGUUCUACCUGUAUGCCAUCAUCCUGCUCAUGCUCAUGGGGGCGGCAGGGCUGGCUGGGAUCCGGAUUUACAGGCUAGAUGAGCAAUCACUAGAUGAGUCCAAAAAUCCGGCCCGCAAACUGGACGCGGACCUGUUGGUGGGCACUGCCUCCGGCUCCUGGCUCAUCUCCUGGGGCUCCAUCCUGGCCAUCCUCUGUGCCGAGUCCCGCCCCCCGUACACCUGGUACAACCUGCCCUACUCCAUCCUGGUGGUUGUUGAGAAAUACAUCCAGAACCUCUUCAUCAUUGAGUCCAUUCACCGAGAGCCGGAGAAGCUCUCCAAGGACAUCAGAACCCUGCAGGUGGUCACAGUCUGCAAUGGCAAUGCCACAUCCCUCCCUUCUUCUUGCUUUGAGAGCAGACCUGCAGCCGGGGACGUGGCUCCUCAGGGCAGCGAGAUGCCACGUGCGGCCAAUGGAAAUAUGUGUCUGAGAGAAGUUGGUAGCAAAGAGGAAGAGGAGAAGAGCUGGGAAGGGGCCCUGGGCCCAGCCUGCCACCCCCAUUUCCUGCAGGGCAAUGCCCAGAGAAGAGUCUUAAGGAAUAUUGCAGCCUUUUUGUUCCUCUGCAAUAUUUCGCUCUGGAUCCCUCCCGCCUUUGGCUGCCGCCCCGAGUACGACAACGGAUUGGAGGAAAUUGUCUUUGGCUUUGAACCCUGGAUAAUAGUGGUCAACCUGGCCAUGCCUUUUUCUAUUUUCUACCGAAUGCACGCAGCUGCCUCCCUCUUUGAGGUCUAUUGUAAGAUAUAAUCUGUGUCCACAUCAAAGACUGAGGAGAGCGCUAACAAGAGAAUUCGUUGGAGCCACCUGGGAAUGUUGAGGUUGGGCAAAUACUGCCUUACAAAUGUGAGAAGGGCCGCCUUUUGUCUGCGAUAAUUGUUUUUCCCAUGAGUUGGAAUUGCCCAUCACCCUGGAUGAGUGUAAACAAGUUAGAUCAAAAUCUGAGAUGGCUGAAGUCUGCCCUUGGUUAGUUAAUUCUAAUCGAACCUAAAUUAUUUGAUCUCCUUCGAAAUGAGAUCCUCUGUUUUAGAAUAAUGUGAUUUCAGGUUGGAAAAAAAUAUAUCCAGUUUGUUUUUCAUUAAAAUAUUUUCUGUUAUCAUGUUACUAUAUACAACAUUUUCCUGACCAUCUGCAUAGUCUAAUCACCUUUAAAUUUUAUCUUUC